AUGGACGCCUGCCUCCAGGUUGCUCAUAGUGUAACGGAAGAAGUGACUGGGCUUGACAUAGUACAUUCGCAAAUUCGCUUAGCUGAGGGAGCCAGUUUGGCAGAACUGGGCCUCAAACAGGGCCUCAUCGCACUGAACGGAGCCGCUAUUCAGUGUCGAAUCACCAGCGAGGAUCCCAUUAACAACUUUCGGCCGCAGUAUGGACGUCUCAAGGUGUAUCGUAUUGGGGACGGUAUGGGGAUUCGUAAAGACGGUUUGGCGUACGACGGAGGGACUGUAAGCAAACACUACGAGCCAUUGCUCAGCAAGGUUAUUUCUCACGCUUCUAAUCACAAGUUGGCGGCGCAGAGGAUGCUACGAUGCCUUCGCGAGUCGAAAAUUCGUGGGAUCGAGACGAAUUUGAACUUUCUGAAGAAGCUCAUGACGAAUCCGACUUUCAUCGACGGAGCUGUCACCACUUCAUUUAUCGAAGAUAAUUUGUACAUUUCUGAGACGAGAAGUAGUGGCCUGAAAUUGCUUCGAUACAUGGCCGAGGUGAAGAUAAAUGGAGCGUUUUCCCCUCUCGGUGUGCCUGAUGCGAAAGUGUGGCGGGCAACUCCAGAAGUGCCAAAAGUGGAUAAUGGUGCUCCACCUGAUGGUUUCAAAAGCAUCCUUGACAAAGAAGGUCCGAGCGCGUUUGCGAAAGCUUUGCGGCAGCACAAGGGUGUAUUGAUAACGGAUACUACUCUCAGGGAUGCCAAUCAAUCCCUACUGGCGACACGAGUUCGUACUAAGGAUAUGUUACGGAUCGCCCCGUUUAUAUCGCAGAAACUAAACCAACUUCGGUCCAUGGAGAAUUGGGGAGGAGCAACGUUCCAUGUGUGCAUGAAUUUCCUGUACGAAUGUCCAUGGGAGCGACUAGAACUUCUUCGAAAAGCCAUUCCAAACGUGCCGUUCCAAUGCAUUUUUCGUGGCUCAAACAUCUUUGGCUACAGCAGUUUCCCUGAUAACGUCAUCAACGAGUUCGUUGUCUACUGCAUAUAA